GCUUGUGUUUAUUUCUCAUGGGUACUGCUCUAAAAAUAUCACCAUGCCCUUGUGAUGAUGAUGGGUGUGUCCUGCAGGAUGCUCUAUAACACCUCAAUCCGAGGUCUCUGUGAUGCAUUCGGGUUGCUCCUGAGAUCUUUCCCAAAUUUGAAGCUUGCAAAAGAGCAUUUUAUAUGGAUACUUUGUCCACACCCUCUGUGGAAGAAACCAUGUAUAUGGGAAGUGAAGAGGAAGAAGAAGAAGAAGAAGAUGAGGAGACAAAUGGAAGUGAAGAGGAGGAUAAAGAUGAUUCGCAAACAGAUCAGUCAUCUGUUGGGAAGCAGCAGAGACCAGCCUGGGCUCCAUGUUUCUUCUACAGAGCUGGGAAAGAGGUGUACAACUAUGUCGGCCAGGAGAUCAUCAUUCAAGAGGCUCUGGACUCGUAUGCUGGCAUGAUAUGGCCGGCAGGGUUGGCUCUCUGUCAUUACCUGGACACUCAUCGAGAACAGAUCAAUCUUGUAGAUAAAGCAGUCCUGGAGAUCGGAGCAGGAACCGGCCUUGUGUCUGUCGUAGCAGCGCUCCUUGGUGGCUGGGUCACAGCCACAGACCUACCAGAGGUCCUGAACAACCUGAGGGUCAAUCUGUGCAGAAAUACCAGGGGCCACUGCAGACACACGCCCCAGGUAGCAACUUUGUCAUGGGGCUACGACCUGGAGCGCACUUACCCAUCAUCGGUUUACCGCUACGACUACGUGCUAGCAGCCGAUGUGGUCUACCAUCAUGACUUCCUGGAUGAGCUCCUGGUCACCAUGAAGCAUUUCUGCAAACCGGGAACAACUCUGAUCUGGGCCAACAAGGUCAGGUUUGAGUCUGACUUGACUUUCACUGAGAACUUUAAAAAGGCCUUUAACACAAGCUUAUUGGCCGAGGAUGGAGAGAUGAAGAUCUUCAUGGCAACAAGUAGAGAAGGAGAAGAAUGUUUUAGUGAUGUGGUGCUGGAAGAUCCGCUGAGACAGAAGGAGGGGAGAGAAACGAAGGAGGUUGAAGAUAAAGAUAAGAAGAGGAAAGAAGCAGAAAUCCUGUAAUUCAAAAUUCAAUUAAGGUCUGGAACCAACUAUUGGGCACAGUAAAGGCUCCUAAAAUGUAUCUGGAUGCUCCAAUUUGUAACAAUCAUGCCUUCAGACCUGGGCUGGAGGACAUCACGUUUGUGACAUGGCAAAGAAGAGGGAUUUGUUCUCUCAAAGAUAUUUAUAUUGAUGGGCAUUUUCCAUCUUUUCAGCAACUGAGGGUGAAAUUUAAUCUUCCUAAUUCCCAUUUUUUCAGAUUUUUACAGUUGAGACAUUUCAUCAAAGCAUCUAUUCCACAAUAUGAUUUGAUUCCUCGAAACUCAGUGCUUGACAGCUUCGUGUCAGUUGAGCCCUACACUAGAGGUGCUGUGUCUUGCUUUUACAGGGCCUUACUAGAUAUAUACAGUCCUUCAUCUGAUACUUUUAGGGAGCAGUGGCAGGAAGAACUGGGGGUGGAUGUUACUGAUGAUGUUUGGCAAGAGUGCAUUAAGAAUAUAUAUUGUAGUUCUAUAAAUGCUAGACAUAAUCUGAUCCAAUUUAAGGUUGUGUAUAGGUUGCAUUUUUCUCCCACUACAGCUUUUUUGGAAUCAUCUGUUUGAUUUUCUGACCAAAGCCAUUGGCAGGGAGGUCCCAUGUACCCCCUUUGCAGCAUUGUUCGGGGUGUCUAAACCGGGAUGGGCAAGGGACAAGACAGAGACGCAGGUUGUGUCAAUGACUACACUUGUGGCUAGAAAGCUGAUACUUCUCUGCUGGAAGUCUGAUAAACCUCCUACCUUCGAAAUGUGGUUGAGGGAAUUUGGAAAUGUACUCCAUCUGGAGAAAAUCAGGUUUACCUUGUCUAACCGAAAGAGAGUGUUUUAUAAGAUUUGGCAACCAGUCAUUAGCCUGAUGGAUAAACUUAAGUGAAAUGUACUCUGUUUUAACAUUUAUAUACGCUGUAUUACCACCUUGUUGACUUGCUGUCCACCUUCUAUUGUGUUCUCUUGAAGGUGGUUGUUGUAUACUGUCCAAU